GUAGAUGAUAACGGAGGUUGUACAAAGGUUGUUUUGGCAGAAGACAAAGAUGGUGUUGACAUCCACCCUUUCACGCGUUGGGUCCUCCGCAGUAAGCCUGUUCAGUCUGUGACUGUUCGUUUGUUUAUGACUGUUUACGGAGAAUAUCCUGAGCAAAAGAGUUUUAAUAUAAACGUUUCUUGUAUCGGAUGCGGAUCUGCAUCGAUACGUGAGUUGCCCGAUGAUCCUGGAGUUUUUGAAUUUGAAACGACCACUAAAGACCCAAACCACGCUCGACUAUCCAUAGAUGGACAGGUUUAUUUUUACCAAUAUUACUUAGAAGGCAGAACCGCUGGCAGCGACCAUGAUUCAGCAAUUGUGAUACUUGUCUGGGACGAAUUUCAAGUUCCAACUCAGCCCAACUGGAUCAGACAUGUAAAACCGAUUUUCCAACAGUAUGCAAAUUUGUACCCGGUGAUGAAAAUUAACUUCCUGGACCUUUCAAAUUAUUACGAAGUUGUUGAAAACAAGUACGCACUCAUAAAGACCAUGUCGCUUGACGAGGAAGAUCCGCGUUAUAUGCCUGUCACAAGAGAUUUGUCUCCUGGUAAAGUUCAGAUGAUCUUAAAGUGGCUAAUGGAUGAUAAUCCCAGAUAUGGAUUUUCAAACCUCGGAAUAGGGGAAUACACCUUAAAAUACCUUUUACAGACAGCACUGCAGUUGGAACACUCAACAAUUCCACCAUAUUUGACAGGUUACCUUUCAAUUAAAAAGGGUUAUAAUACCCAGGUGAAAAGCAUAUUGAAAGGUAUUUUAAUUGAUGAAAUGCACCACUUGGCUCAAGUGUCUAACAUAUUGAAUGCAAUUGAUGGAAACCCUAAUUUGUUUGCCUCACAUUUCGUCCCGUCAUAUCCCAGCUAUCUGCCAGGUGGAGUUCAUCCGGAUGUCAAAAUCACUGUAAACAAAAUAUCAAUGCUUCAAAUUCGUAAUGUGUAUAUGGUUCUGGAGACCCCAUCUAAAGAACUCGAAGAAAAUGGAUUAAUGAAGGCGGUUGACAAGAUUGUUAAGGAUAAAUUAAAACCAGUAUCUGUCUCUACCUCCGCUGAUACUGACGCAUGCGAUGAUGUUUUAACAUUGUACAAUGACGCUGUAAAGAGGAAUGAGGAUAUUCGAACAAACCAUAAUACAAUUGGUCAAUUGUAUACCGCAAUCCUGAUCGUGAUGGCAAAGCUUGAAUGUGAUGGUGAAUUAAAAUUCUAUGACACGAAGCAUCAGCUUGAAGUUCGAGGGGAAGGAGGAAAGGAGGUGACAAAAGUUUAUGACUUUGGAACCGCCGUGCAAGCUAUAAAGAACAUCAUGAAAGAGGGUGAAGGAUCUUCACCGUGCAAUCCGUUGGAUGAUAGCUCAGGCUUAUCUCAUUACUACCAAUUUGCAUCAAUAGCAAACGGACGUCAUUUAAAAACGAUAACAAAUUAUAGCAAGGUUAGUUCAAGGAUUCAAAUCCCGUUAGCAGACCGUGAAUUUUUAUUAAGAUGA